AUGUCCACCCGGAGGGGUCUACAGAAAGCAGCCGUGGAUCAACAUCUUCUCUCCCUACCGUACUACCAUGGGUUCCUGCCGCGCGAGGAGCUACCGUACCUGCUCAAGAAGCGCGGCGACUUUCUGGUCCGGAUGAGCGAGGUGGAGAACAAGAAGACCGGCAAGGAGGACGAGCGGAACGUCAUCGUCAGCGUGUGCACCGGGGAGGAGAAGAAGAACAAGGCCACCGGACAGUUCUUUGAUGCCAGCAAUAUGGUGACGCGCAACCUGGUGAUGUACCAGGGCGAGCGGGGCCAAUGGUGGCUGUACUCGGACCAGAAGAUGAACUCGCUGAAGGACUGCAUCGAUCACUACCGCACCAACAGUUUGCAAGCGCAAAAGGGCGACCAGGACAAGGACCUGAAGCUGUCCGGCCCGGUACCCAGGGCCACCUGGGAGCUGCACUACGACAACAUCAAGCUCGAGAAGCAGCUGGGCCACGGCGAAUUUGGAGAGGCAAGC